GGAGUUCCUCCCGACGACCGAGCAGAUCAACCGACGAGGCCGAUCGGAACAACCGACGGUGGCGGUCGAUUGGGCGGUCCCAACCGACCGUCGCACAAUCCUAUGCCAGACUUUAAGCCGAAAAGGGCAGUUGCAAGCCUACCUCUUUCAAGUGAUGCAUCUCUGACCAGGUUUAGCCUCCCUCGGCACCUAAAUUCUAUGUUGGAAAAAAACUCCCCAUGGAUGACUUGUUGGAUUGGUGUUUGAAGGGAAGAAAAUAAAUAAAUAAAUAAAUAUAUAUAUAUAUUAAGCUUGGUACGUAAAACAAAUUAUGAUUGAAAAAAAUUAAAAAUAUCCUUCCAUUUGGCUUUAUUUGAAUAAUAAAUGUAGAUUAAAUUAAAUUAAGAUGUUCCAAGUGAUCUGGCACAGGUAAACCCAUUUAAUUUUUGAAGAUAAAAAAGUGUACGUUCAAUUUUUUAAAGGAACAAAACAUAAAAGCCCGACUAGUUCACCAAUUGUGCGGCUAUAUCUGCGAGUCCCAGGUAGCCGUCACUCCCUUGUUUCGGUGAGAAUUUGUAUCCACAGACAGAGAUGGGAAGCAGCAAACAAACAGGUGAGGAACAAGGCAAUGAGGAGGCCGUAAAAGCUUGGGAAAUAAACAAAGAUCGAAUAGCUUGUAUGCAAAAGCAAAUAUCAGAGCCACCCAGAUUGCUGAGCAAAGCAGCUGGUAGGAGCUCAUGCUGCAUCUUCAGGGUUCCGCAGAGCCUAGUCGAAGUCAACGGUCGGUCCUAUCAGCCUCGGAUCGUGUCCAUAGGCCCAUUCCACCGCGGCUCCGCUCAGCUCAAGAUGAUUGAGGAGCACAAGUGGCGAUAUCUGGGCUCCUUGCUCAGUCGGAUACAAAGCAGAGGCUUGGGUUUGGAAGACUUACUCAAGGCCGUCCAGCCUCUAGAAAUGAAAGCCAGAGAUUGCUAUUCAGAAGCUAUCCACCUCGAUACAGAUGAAUUUAUUGAGAUGAUGGUUCUUGAUGGUUGUUUCAUUAUUGAAUUGUUCCGCAAAGUUGGGAAAUUGGUUAGCUGUCAACCUGACGACCCUUUAUUCUCCAUGGCAUGGCUUUUGGCAUUUUUUUACCGAGAUCUCCUUCGACUAGAGAAUCAAAUCCCCUACUUCGUUCUUGAAUGUUUGUUCGAUUUAACGCAAAUGCCUGGAGAGGAAUCAGGUCCAUCCUUGUCCAGUAUUGCUCUGGAAUUCUUUAACAAUGCGAUGCUAAGACCUGAUGCAGAUAUUGCCAAGUACCAUGAUCUCAAAGGCAAGCAUUUGCUUGACUUGGUUCGCAUGAGCUACAUUCCAUCAGAUCAAGGGGAACCACACAGGGGUGAGACACCAACCCAUGUCAUCCAUUGUGUUUCCAAGCUCCGCCGGGCUGGGAUCAAGCUAAAUCCAGGGAAGGCAGACAGCUUCCUGGUGGUAAAGUUCAGGGGUGGAGUGAUUGAAAUGCCAACAAUAACAAUUGAUGAUUUCAUGAGCUCUUUCCUGAUGAAUUGUGUGGCAUACGAGCAAUGUCAUAGCAGCUGCUCCAAACACUUCACAACUUAUGCCACUCUAUUGGACUGCCUUGUCAACACCUACAAGGAUGUGGAGUACCUGAUUGAUCGGAACAUCCUGGAGAAUUAUUUUGGAACUGAUGCAGAGGUUGCACGAUUCAUCAAUAAUCUGGGUAAGGAUAUAGCAUUCGACAUCGAUAUAUGUUAUCUGUCCAGGUUGUUCGAUGAUGUGAACCAGUAUUACAAGAAUAGCUGGCAUGUUCAAUGGGCAAGCUUUAAGUAUACCUACUUCAAAACGCCAUGGUCUUUUCUAUCAGCAUUGGCUGCCUUGAUUCUCCUACUCCUCACCCUGGCACAAACCUUUUACACCAUUUAUUCAACCUACAAAAAAAUAUAAAGCCAACAGUCAACAGGUGUGGGCACGCUAGUGGAGCCAAACAAAUGAAUAUAAGAUGGAACAAGUGGCAGUUGAGUAAAGCAAAAGUGUGCAAUCGAUAGAAACAUCAACCAAGGAUCUUUUCCGAGUUAACACGUGUGAAGUGGAUGAAAUUAGUAGUAUAGAAAAACUGACUUCCCCGGCAUUUAAGAUACCCUCUGCCACGUGUCAUUAUCACGUAAUUCAUAUUUGAUGUUGACGUCUUUAUAUUUUAAAAAAAAAAACAAUCACGACCGAGUCAUAUAUAGAUGAUCUGUCAUUUAAUAAAUUUAUCUUUUGUACAAAAAUAGAAAAAAAAAAAUAAAAAAAGACAACAAAUUGAAUCACUAUCACCCGAGUACAACUCGUAAUAUCCCAAAUUUCUAAUUUCUCAAUUUACUUUAGUAGAAGUUUCAAUCACUCUUUAAAGGUAUGUUUGGUUAGGGAGAUUAAUUUAUCUUUAAAGUCACCCUUGAUUUAUUUUUGCAUUAAAAAAAUUCAAUCUUUAAAAACAUGAAAUAGUUAAUACCAACUUCUCAUCGAUAUUGAUUAUUCAAGUUUCAUGAAAUAGAACUCAACUGAUUAUGAAUAAAAAUAACUGCGCUUAUCAUGUGAAAUUACUAACCUUGCCAUAUAAAGUAUUACAUUAAUAUUUUAAUAAUAAAUAAUAAAUAUUUAAUACUAAAUUAUUAACUUAAAUAUACUCUUAAUAUUUUAAAAAAAGAAAUUGAAAGAGAAAGAGCUAA